AUUCCAGUGGACCCAUUUUUCUCUUCGUCGUAUUCAUUCCCUCGUUGCGAACGAAACGCUAUUUGGUGCUCCUACCUGAAGGCAGAAACAUCUUCAUUUCGCAUUCAAUUUCACUCUUCUUCCCCUCAUGGCGCCUUAUACUUUCUAUUCUACUGCGCCUAUCCCUUUUUCUUUGACGGGUUAUCGAACCCUUCACAAUCCCAUUUUCCCUGUUUAUGCCUCUCUUCGCUUGUUUAACCCUAUUCUAGCCGCCUCAUUUCCUUCUUCUUUGCGGAUCCACAAGGCUCUUAAAUGUCAAAAUCCAUAUCUUCUCCCCAGGAUUCAAUGCGUACGAGAAACUAAAGCAAAACCAAUUACCAAAGAAUUGUGGGAGACUUUGAUUUUGAACAGUGAAACCCCUGUCCUUGUUGAAUUCUAUGCAAGUUGGUGCGGCCCGUGCAGGAUGGUUCACCGGCUAAUUGAUGAGAUUGCGACGGAAUAUACUGGGAGAUUGAAAUGUUAUGUCCUCAACACAGACAGUGAUUUGGAACUUGCUGAGAACUAUGAAAUUAAGGCUGUACCAGUGGUUCUGUUGUUUAAGAAUGGCCAGAAAUGUGACACUGUAAUUGGCACCAUGCCCAAGGAGUUUUAUGUGGCUGCCAUUGAGAGAUUGCUCAAGCCCUAAACAUGGUUCUGUGCUGCUGACGGGUUCCCUGUAAACUGUAAUAAUGCGUGUUCUUGCACCACGUAGAAAUUUUUGGUUCGGUUUAUUGAAUUACAAAACUUCACUGUGGCCCUUGUACAUAUAGUGCAAACUUGCUUCCCGAGGGGCUUGUGAAACACCUAUUCCCAUAAUCUCCUUCGUAGUAUUGCAUUCAACUUCAGUAGUGUUUGCUUUUGAACUUGAUUGUUGUUCUUCAGUUUGCUCCCCUGAAUUUGAAUACUUGUUCUUA